AUGGGUGAGUACUUUGCAAGGAGAAUGGAUUAUGACAUUGACCUAAACAUUCCAUUUGCAAGGAGAAUGGAUUAUGACAUUGACCUAAACAUUCCAUUGGUUUCUCAGGAUGAAACUCAAAACAUAAGUGAUGCAAACAAUGAAGUCCAUCCAGCUACUACUUCAGAUGUUUUUCAUGUUCUACCAAUGUAUUUUAUUGAUCCUAUCCUCGUCAUUGCCAACCAUGGAGUCCCAAGAAACCCAGUACCCCGCCUCCAUCGUCGUUGCAAAAAACCUCGUCCAGCUGAUCCAUCAAGAUUCUGCACAAAUCUUCAUUGUAUGGCAAGAAUCACUCCCAUGUGGCGCUCUGGACCUAUUGGACCAAGGACUUUGUGCAAUGCUUGUGGAAUUUACUACAAAAAACAUGUGAUACGUGGAAACAUUCCUGCAAUUAUAAUCCAUGAAGAUGGUUCUUCAUCUGUUUUUGUUCCACCAACUCAAUCUGUCGAAUCUGUCGAAGGAGGUUCUUCAACUUCCUGA